AAAAGCACUGAUUUUUCGUCUAACUUCUCUUCCUUUUUUGGUGGUUGCUUUUCCUCCUCGUUUCCUCCCCACAACUCUCUUUUUGUCCUUUCCUUUUCUCCAUUUUCUCUCCGUCUCUCUGUUCCUCUGCCCCCUUGUUCAUUGUAGCAGCCAUGGCUUUUAGAGGAACAAAUGCUUCAUCUGGCAUGGGAGUUGCUGAACAUAGCAAAAGCACAUAUCAGGAGCUGCAGAGGAAGAAGGUCUACCGCUAUGUGAUCUUUAAGAUUGAUGAGAAGAAAAAGGAGGUUAUAGUCGAAAAGACUGGAGGCCCAGCUGAGAGUUAUGAUGAUUUCACUGCUUCGUUACCAGAAAAUGAUUGCCGAUAUGCUGUCUAUGACUAUGAUUUUGUGACUUCUGAGAAUUGCCAGAAGAGCAAAAUCUUUUUCAUUGCAUGGUCACCUUCUGUUUCAAGGAUUCGUGCCAAGAUGCUCUAUGCCACGUCCAAGGAUAGGUUCAGAAGGGAGCUGGAAGGCAUACACUAUGAAAUCCAGGCUACUGACCCAACUGAGAUGGAUCUUGAGGUGCUCAGAGAAAGAGCACAUUGACCAUUCACUUGUAGUUCAUGAGUUUUACAUGCUUUGCAAACUCCCUGGUGUUUCUUUUAUGACAUGAAGUAUGUAUGUAGCGGAAAUGUUAAAUAACAAUACCUGGGAAGGCUGAUCAGGGGCUCACUUUUAGACUUAUGGGUUGGGGGAACUUGGGCUCCUUGUUGCCAUGAUGCUUCCCAGGUGAAAACUGGUGUAAUACUCGAUAUUUGUCUCCUAUUCAUGGAAUAGUUAAUGGCAUCCUAUGAUCUGUGUAUCUGGUCAUCUCAGUCUUAUGCUUUUUAAAGUUUUCCCAUUAAUUGCCAAUUAGGCUGUUGAAGUAUGAAUGAUUUCAU